UAAAAAUAUCGAAAGUGAAACAAGGUUGUCUGAGAAGAAGCAAAUUUCUGAAUUAACUACAAAAUGUUUUCCUUGUCAAGUCUGGUUGUGUAUUUAGCAGGGAAAACUCGCUUGCUACCUCAUGGGAAUAGACCUCUGUUUAUUCCACACAACCGCUCUCAUACUAUUCCCAUCCAGCUGCUUGGAAUGGUUAGAUCCUUUGUGCCUCCUCUUUCUAAUGACUUUCACAAAGGAAUGAUGGGUAGAAUUGGAAUCAUUGGUGGAUGUAGGGAGUACACCGGAGCUCCAUAUUAUGCUGCAAUAUCAGCCCUGAAAGUAGGAUGUGACCUGUCCUAUGUUUUCUGCACAGAUGGAGCAGCUACAGCCAUCAAGUCUUACAGCCCUGAGCUCAUUGUUCUGCCUUAUCUGGACAGUGCUUCAGCUGGUCAAGAGAUUGGGAGCUGGAUAGAGAGACUGCAUGUCCUGGUAAUAGGACCGGGUCUGGGGAGGGACAGGCAGAUACUGAACAAUACCAAGGACAUAGUGUUGCAGGCAAAAAAACAGGAUCUUCCAUUAGUGAUAGACGCUGACGGUCUCCACAUGAUAACUGAGGAUCCCUCCAUCAUCACCGGCUACAGGAAGGCCAUCCUCACUCCUAACAAAGUGGAGUUUGAACGGUUGUUUGAGAAAAUGGUUGGACACAAACCUCAUGGGGACGAUAUGGUCGGAAACGUCAACAUUUUGAGUCGUAAAAUGGGGAAUGUGACCAUUGUUCAGAAAGGAGAGGAUGACAUCAUCUCCGAUGGUGACAAUGCUUUAGUGUGCACUGCUGAAGGGUCGCCCCGGAGAUGUGGGGGGCAAGGGGACCUCUUGUCUGGAGUGCUGGGCACCUUCACCCACUGGGCCCACAGGGCUACUGAUUCUUCCGUAGAAAAUGCUACUUUUCAAGCAUACGGUCCAACUAUCUGUGCUGCAUACUCGGCCUGUCUCCUGACCAAGCAGUGCAAUAGCCAGGCAUUCCAGAUACAUCAACGAUCGACCACUACUCCGGAUAUGAUCAACCAGAUCCAGAGAGCAUUUGAGUCCCUCUUCAUCUAGCCAUCUUCAUCCAGCUUUUGUGUGUGUGUUUUGUGUGUGUGAAGUUUUUCUUACCACCAUACAUCAGAGUACGAUUAAAUAAAACAAAAAAAAACCUGAUUUAAAUUUCCUUGAAUGGAGUGCUGUCAAUAAUGCAUGAUGGGGCAAGGCAUCCGACAACUCUUUCUCC